UCAGAUGCUAUUCGGGACACCUCAGGUCCUGAUGACCCCAUCUUCCUCCCACCACCUGUCUCACAGGAACAGCGACGGUCAAUUUCUCCUAGCACUAUGGCUGACACUGAAGGCGCAGUAACAACUGCGACUGCGACAACUCGAGCUAUCCCAGCCAACGCUCCUGCCGUGUCAGUACAAACUCCUGCAAACGAUCUAGUCCCUACAACGGAGGCGAUUUUCAACGAAUGCUCAAGAUUCCGCAUCCUUGUGGCCGGAAAGACUGGAGGCGGAAAGUCGUCUCUGAUCAACGGGAUUUUCGGGACGAAGUUGGCGGUGGAGUCAAAGUAUACCCGUGGUGAUGCGACGAUAGAAAACGCCUUUGAAAGCGAUGCCAACCGUCGGUUUGUGUUGCAUGAUUCCAUGGGCUACGAAGCAGGCGAAAUCGAGAAUUUUGACAAGGUUAAGAGGUUCGUGGAACAGAAGAUCCAAGGCCCUGAGUCGGACAGACUGCACGCGAUUUGGCUGUGUAUUUCUAUUCCCUAUCACGGGGGCCGUGUAUUCGAAACGGGAGACGAGAAACUGCUGAGCAUGUUGAACAAAAUCAGUAAAAUCCCUCUCAUCGUUGUUUUCACAAUGCUUGACGACAUUACGAUGUCUAUUCGACGUAAUGACCGCUUAGAGCUCGAACCCGCUAUAAAGAAAGCCAAAGAUCAAGUGGAGGAGAUGUACAGCAAACAGAAGUGCUCGAGACCGUUCGUUUGUGUGUCAACGAGAACAGGAUUUGAGGAUACGCUAAAAGAGCUCACCAACGUAACCAUGGAUCAGUUGGAGCCCCAUGCACCCUCUCAAUCUGGCUCCAAGAGCCAGAAGAGAUCGUUCUUCCGCAAUCCCUUCCACGGAAGGUCAGAACACGCAGCAUCUGAUCAUACGGAAGUCCUGGACCGGACUCAGGAGCACGGUCAGACCAACAACCAGGUUCUCUUGGCGACUGCGCAGCGGAUCAAUCCGCCGAUGAAGGUCAGGGCGUCAAUCGACGUAGGCAAGCGAAAGUAUUGGAAAAACCUUCUCUCAAGCGCCUUUUUCAAAGGUCGUCCGCUCAAGGACUGUUUCCGCACUAUCCAUGAAGACAUAGUGGUUGUGUGGAAUUUCAACCAUGCACUUGAGACUUACAUGCUUGGCGAUGAGUUCAUCAACACAGUUUCACAUAUCGUUGACGACAUCAGUCCCCGCGAGAAUCUAGAGACGAAAAAUGCGGCAAUGAACGGCGAUAUCCAAAGCAAUGCAAAAAAGGUGGGGGCGGCGGUGGCAGCAGUGAGCGUUGUUAUACAUCCUGCCGGGCUUGUCGUAGGUGGUGUAACUGCUGCCGUCGUGAUCGCGACGUGGCUCUGGGGUGUUUAUCAGCAAUCGAAUGGCAUCGUCCGAUGCAUGAUGGCAUCUAUCGUUGCGCUUGUCCUGAUUAUGGAGACUCUGUUUGAGAUCCAGUCUUCAGUCGAAGAUGGCGUCGAGCGAUUACAUCCCACUACAGCGCUCAAGGUUGUCGAGGAGUACCAGAAGUCCGAGUUGAAGCAGGAGAUUCAUGCCGAGAUCCAGACAUUUGUCGGGUCUGGCCUGACCGGCGCUUUGAAGGGCCGGGAUGUGGUGAUGGAGAAGAUUACCGAAUUGAUUAUGCUCUAUCACAAGGACGGAGAUAGGUACAAGAGGUGGCAUGACGGUGUGGUGAGUCAGGUCCAGAAUCAGGGGGGUGUAAAGGUGCAGCCUUCCGUUGGCGAGUGAGUCCUAGUGUCGACGUAGAGUAUCUAGUUCAUUGUAGUUAUGUCCUUGGAUUGAGAAUCUAAUGGUUUCACCAAAGCAUUGUCGAU